AAGACAAACGGACGGCUCCGAAGCGAUACUGUAUCGAGAAGUAAAAAGAGAAAGACGAAACACAAAAGGCAAAAGACACAUAUCGGUACUACAGCACAGGAAUAGCAAGAAUGAAGGGCAACCAAGGGCUCGAGGCGUUGGCCGCACUUUGCGGUGGACGACAACCUACCACGGCGACAACGAAUGCCAACCCGGCGACACACACAGMAACUCCAUCUGCGGUUCAUAGUACGGCUGCUGCUGCAAAUGAACCCUCGUCGGACUCCGCCGCGACUGCUGGAAGCUCGACGCAUUUGCUGACACGACAAACCUCCGAACGCAACGUUGACUCUACAAGCAGCGCCAGUGAGAACAACGGCAUAGUUUCCAUGGGCACGCAACAGCAGCGGCAUCCGACUGCUACUUCACAACUGGUUGCCUCUAUUCCGGGGGCUGUUGCUACCGGGAGCAACUUUACACCCCAACAAAUAUCGCAAGCAAUCCUUGCGGCGGCUACUUCUCAGAGCGGAAGGCUAGAUCCAGUGCUCACACAAUCCAUCCUAUAUCCUUCGGGGUUGCGAGGUCCGGCAGGCAAUGCCGAUCCAGCCCCGCCCGCUCCCGUAUCCCCGGCUCCCACGGCACCGGCGAACACCGGCAGUGUCUUUGCAAACACGAUGCAGCAGCUGAUCCUACAACAGUAUGUAGCGCAAGCAAACGCUCAGCAACAACAAGCCCAGCAGCGGGCACAAGCGCAGGCUGUGGCCGCUGCCGCCGCGAAUGGUGCUCAAUCGCACGCUGCCUUGAUCGCCAUGAACCUGGCAGCUGGUAAAACGGUACAGAAUCCUCACCUGCUUCCCGGCGCCUCGGCUGAUACGUCUACACUAAACGCUAAAGCUACUGGUAMGUAACUACAAAGAAGGAAGGCAAGAACAUUACUUGUUUAAUUACUACGAAGCAUGGUACAAGAAGUUAACAUGGUUGUUUCCAUGGUAGAAGAGUGCACCGUAUGAAUUUGUGAAAUACUCGUACUGGCACAAGGCACGUGGUUGAGCAGAUUGUAACUCUGGUGGAUUCGAUCUCAAUUAUGUACCCUAGAGGGAUUAAAAAUGAGCAGAUGAG